GGUUUCCAACCGUUCAGGGUUUGUCUUUUUUCCCUGCAGCCACAGGAGGUGGUUUUCCCUCUCUCUACAAGCAGGAGUUGAUUCCCAAGCGACGCUCCGGUUUGGGGCUUGGAGAAGGUGGUCAAACAGAGCUCAAACCAGUCGGACCGGUGGGCCAGGACCGGUGCCCAGCCUCGCUGCGGUGAGGCAGCUGUGUCACCGGGACACGAGGGGACAGGCAGGACGUGCCAGGCUCCAGCACAGACAGGGCACAGAGCAGCAGCCUCCAGCCCGGGAUAACCCGGAGCAGCUCCUGCGGCACCACACCGGGACAUGGACCCCCGGCCAGGACAGGAGCCCAUCAAGGUGAUCGGGGUGGUCUUGGGCAUCGGGCUGGCCCUGCUGAUCCUGGCGAGUUUUGGCUACAGCUUCCUCCGGUGGUACCGGAGGGGCCACUCCCGGCGCCGGCCUGACUUUGUCUUCAACCUCUACCACUCGCGCGGGUUGGGGUCGGUGGCACUGGAGCUGGUGCCACCGUUCAGCAUCAGCGGCUCGCUGGGCACCUCGGGCAGCGGCUACGAGCCCUUCCACAGCCAGGGGCCGUGAGGCUCUGGUUUGCGUUUCCUUCCCCGCUGUCCCUGGGACAGGACGUGUGGCCAGGGACAGAGGGAUGUGGUUGGAGCCCGGGCGCUCUUCCUCUCGCUGCCUCUCACUCACAGCCCAACACCAACAGAAAAAGCAACCAAAACCGGCCGGGGGGAAUUCCUCCCUUUUCACUUCUGCAAGAAACAGCCCCUGAAUGUGCUGGACUUCAACUGAAAUGGCAACAGCGCAGUUUCUGUUGCUAAAAAAUCUUCACAGAAUCGCAGAAUCGUUGGGGUUGGAAGGGACCUCUGGAGACCACCUGGUCCAACCCCCACCCCCUGCCCAAGGUCACCCGGAGCAGGUGACACAGGAAGGCACCCAGGUGGGUUUGGAAUGUCCCCAGAGAGGGAAACUCCACAGAUUCCCUGGGCAUCUCCUCCAGCUGCAGCCACAGGUGCACGGGAGGUGCCUGGGCCAGCACUGCUGCAGCCUCCCCUUGCUUGGGAUGGAGGAAAAGGAUGCAGGAUUAUCCCUUAUCCCAGGAUUCCUCAGCACUGAUCCUGGAGAAAACGGCUCAGAGACCUCCCAGCCCCCUGUACACCCAGAGACCUGGCGCCAGACUGUUCCUUAGGGAACCAGCUGAGGAGGAGGGCCGGGAGCCCCAGAACUGGGUGUCUGGAUUUGUGCAGCUGCGGAAAACGCUGUGAGGAAAUGGGAAAUCUGUCCCAGGCUUCCUCCUCCUUCUCCAUCCAAUAUCUGCACCGACGUGGAAGUUGGUUCUCCGCACUGCCGGUGCAAGGAAACACCUCAGAAAGCCCCGGUGGAGUCCCUCCUGGUUUUUUAGUGGCUGUGGAAGUGCCUGGAGGCCGGGAGCAGCCCCGGGGAGAUUCUGUGGCCAUGGAGAGGGGCCCUGCUCGGCCAGGGGGGCUGGCGAGGCACGGGGGGCCUUGGGACCAUUCGAGUGCAGGUUUUUCUCAGAAGAAAAAUGAAGGAAAAGCCAUGAGAGUCACCUACACCUGUGUGUAGGGAAACCAGUGAGGACAGAGUGGGAUUUCCAGGGAGUCACAGGGACCAUCUCCGCUCUCGGUUAUCAAAGCUAAACCCCGUGGUCUGGGGCUGUCUGCUGGCUGAAAGGAGAUCUCUGACUGCCCGUGGAGAGGGGGAAACAGCAUUUCCUGGGGCCUGGGAGCCCGCUCGUGGUGAGCAGGAUCCAGCAGAGCCCUGCAGACGCAGGAUCCGGCCACGGGGCCUGACGUCAGCGGCGUUUAAAAGAAAAACAAAAAACCCCACGCUUUUGAUGACUCUGUUUUCCAGAGGAAGCUGAAAAAAAUAAAAAAGAAAGAAAAAAGCUCUCCCCCCCGAAAUAUGCAGAGGCAGAAGAGAUGGGGCCGGUGGAGGGGCAGGAGGAGGCUCCCAGUGCCCCCCACAUCCCUGUGGGAUGCAGGGAUGGGUCUCAGAGUGAGCGGUGCCAGGUGAGAUGCAGGAGAAGGAAACACAGCAAGGGCCAGCCCCGUCCUCCUGCCUGCGCUGGAAAAGCUGAAAACAAAACCAAAACCCCUUCACCUGAGAAGCACAUUCCCCAAGAAGGGUUCCUGCCAGCAGUUUUACUUCCCACCGUGAAGGUUCCUGGGAAUGGAGUGACUUUUGGAAAAACUUCCCCGUGGCCUGGAAGGUGACCCAGGAUGAGCUGUUCGGUCUCAUCCUGUUUCCAUUCUGAUGACAGCCGCUCACAGCAUCACAGAAUGUGUUGGUUUGGAAAAGACCUCUGAGAUCAUCGAGCCCAACCUAUGGCUGAGCACCACGUUGCUGAGCAGAGCCCUGGUUGUUGUCUUUCCUCCACCCCCGGGUCUGACUGUUUCUGCCCCUGUCCUUCCAUCCACGGGAUGUGCAUCCCUGUGGAAUCACUGGGAGCAGCCCUGCUCCUUUUCCCUGCUGCUCCUCUGGUGAUUGCCCCCACAAAUCCACCAGGGACAACCACCCAGGAAGUCAGGUGCGUGAGGAGCUCUCGGAGAGCUGCCUUGGUUCCCCCUUCUCCCAGCUGUGAUGAGGAAAUGCUCUUCCCCACGUGACGCAAAGGCACGUUGCCUCUUGCUGACGAGGAACGUCCAAAUCUGGAAACAGAACGCUCAGCCUGGCCUUGGGAAAGGAUGAACACACAAAUGGACCGAAUAAAUAACAACACGUCCUUUCUGUAUUUACAAAUGA